CCCACAAUGUAGAUAGGACAUGAAGUGCCUGCAGAACGGCAAUUUCUUAAAGAAGCGCCAGCAAGUGAUGAUGAAUGGAAAGAGAUGAGAAUGCGAAUCAAUUACCAUUCGAGAGUGUAUGGAAAGAUGUACGCCGAAGUGACGGAAUGUGUACUAUUUCACAAGGACAUCCUAUGGUAAGGAUUCAAAUUUAUUUUUCCUCUCUAGAACCAAUUCACUAACCGUUGAUACUAGCUUCAGCGAUGAAGUGCAGGAUAUUUUUCGAGGAUCAAUUUUCGCCCAGGUGUGCGCCUCGGUUAUUAUCAUUUGCAUGACACUGCUGCAGGCCACCGGGGACGAUGUCACGCUGGCCGAUCUGGUAGGCUGUGCGUUCUAUUUGCUGGUGAUGACUUCGCAGGUGUUUAUAUUUUGUUACGUUGGAAACGAAAUCUCCUACACGACGGAUAAAUUUACGGAAUUUGUGGGAUUUUCCAACUACUUUCGGUUUGAUAAGCUUACCAGUCAAGCUAUCAUUUUCUUCAUGCAAAUGACAUUAAAAGAUGUUCAUAUCAAGGUGGGAAGCGUGUUGCGGGUAACAUUGAAUCUGCACACCUUUUUACAGAUUAUGAAGCUUUCAUACUCUUAUCUCGCUGUAUUGCAAAGCAUGGAAUCAGAGUAAGGAAAGGAAGAUAUUUUUUAAAAGUAUUGUUCAAGAGGUUUAUGAAAAGCCUGUAGGUUAAAUAAGAUUUAGAAAAAAAACAUAUUCUGUAUCCAUUUUUCUUUUUUAUGAAAGAAUGUGUAAUUUUCAAUGGGUCGAAUUAAAGCGGUUUUAA